UAAGAUUACAAACUAUUCAUUUGGCAAAAUGACUCCUAAGUUGUAUAUCUUUGCCAUCUUCACGGCGUAUUCCAUAACUUUGGGAAGCAGCUUUUUUAUACCAACAUUCCUCGACUUGACUUUUGGUCAAAUUCCUGAACCGUCAUGUGAAACUCCACCACCAAAUCCUCCAGCUAUGCCUCCAUGCCCAUCCGCUGGCUGCCCUGAAACUUCACCACCAACUCCUCCAGCUAUGCCUCCAUGCCCAUCCGCUGGCUGCCCUGAAACUUCACCACCAACUCCUCCAGCUAUGCCUCCAUGCCCAUCCGCUGGCUGCCCUGAAACUUCACCACCAACUCCUCCAGCUAUGCCUCCAUGCCCAUCCGCUGGCUGCCCUGAAACUUCACCACCAACUCCUCCAGCUAUGCCUCCAUGCCCAUCCGCUGGCUGCCCUGAAACUUCACCACCAACUCCUCCAGCUAUGCCUCCAUGCCCAUCCGCUGGCUGCCCUGAAACUUCACCACCAACUCCUCCAGCUAUGCCUCCAUGCCCAUCCACUGGCUGCCCUGAAACUUCACCACCAACUCCUCCAGCUAUGCCUCCAUGCCCAUCCGCUGGCUGCCCUGAAACUUCACCACCAACUCCUCCAGCUAUGCCUCCAUGCCCAUCCGCUGGCUGCCCUGAAACUUCACCACCAACUCCUCCAGCUAUGCCUCCAUGCCCAUCCGCUGGCUGCCCUGAAACUUCACCACCAACUCCUCAGCCCUCUGGCGAUCAAAUAAAUGGUGAUAAAACCACAACAAUAAUUAAUGUGAAUCAACCCUCUGGAUGCAGCACAUGUUAAAAGUUCACGCUGAACUUGAUAAAUAGUCCUUCACAGUGUUUGGAGUUGACUAAAAUUGAAUAAAUAUUGAAUAAACUAAUUUUUGGUCUUAUUUUGCAUAUAUCGUUUACUGGAAAUCCUGAGCUUUCUUUCUCGUAGCAGAUUUAAAGCCCUAUAAGGCUAGAGACACAUCUAGCAAAAUUUCAUUCAAGAAUUUAAUCAUCAGGCUCGUCCGUGCAGAUGUGGUGCUUUCCUUAACCUUAUAUAUCCUAUAGCGACAGGUUGACAUGGCAAUCAGGGUAUGAGGUGAGUCCUGCCGGGGGGAUGUCCGGCACACCCGCGCUGUCAUAGUUUCAGUGUUGCACGAGUCCAUAUCGACCACAUUUAUCGAGUUCGUCGUUGCUUGUAGUUUUGUGUAUUGAAAAAUAUGACGGCAGUUGUCUGUUCGUCACGCGUAAAA